GUAUAAAUGAUUCUUGAGAUGUGCUCAGUUGCUUGGAAACCCAUGGCAACACUGUCCACGGCGGACAAGCAGGCCUUCCAGCCGAGGGUGUUCUUUAUCAGCACUGUGAAAGGCGCCACCUCUUAAAAAGACUUUAUUUAACUGAGACUAAAAACACUGAAAGAAACUGGCACUGAAAACUAAAGCUGUUUGUCCCUGAAUACAAAAGUGACACUAGUGGAAUUUUCCAUUCCCGUUUACUAAUCCACAUUUGCAUUCACUAAUUAAAGGACAUUGAGUACAGAUUAUUUUAGUCACUAUUCAUACUUGAGAAUGCGGUCAAAACAUCAGUUUUGUGGUUGGUUAUGUGAGUAUUGCAGGAUAUUGUGAAAUGCUAAAUGCCAUAUCCUUCUUCUGUAUGGUAAUAAAAUCUGAUUAGUGAGAAGUGUAGAAGAGUGCUGAUGACCUCCUUUUCUUUGGUACAGAAGACUCUUCGUGCAAGGUCUUGUUGACUCACUAAUGCUUUUGCUUUUACUGUAAAUCCUCCUCAUCCUCGUUGUUCCCACGUUAAAGUGUAGGUGCUACGUUGCCAGGAGAUGGAAUUGCUGAUUGGUGAGUGUAUGAGACAAGAGUCCUCCCCCACAUCCUCAUCUCAUAUCCUCACCCUGUGUGAGUUGAAGAGGUGGUGAGGAUAAGUACUUGCCCACCUCCCUUGUUCUCUCUGUGUAAACUAGCCUCUGCCUUGCUGCUUUAGUCCUGCAUUCAGGCCUGACCACAUGACCAAGAUCAAGUGAGAAAGGAUUCAUACAGAGAGCUUAGUUCUGGGGGAUUCAAGAUGCAAGACAACUUAGAGAAUUUUUUUUUUUUCUAUGCUUCAUUCUCCUCUACACGUGAACACUGAAAAUCUCAUGGUCAUAUAAGCGAAGAAGUAAUUAGCUCUGUGAAGAUUAUGGGCACUACUGCUAGUGCAGGGUCUCAGCCUGCAUCAGUGACUCCUACACACCACAUCGAUCACCAAGUUGGUGACAUAGCUGAAGACAAGCGCUCCAUGAGCAGCAGCUCUUCGCAGGCACUGAACAUUCCCAACAGCAAGGCCAAGUCCAUUAUCACAAACAAGGUGGCCCCGGUUGUCAUCACGUAUAACUGCCGGGAAGAGUUUCAAAUUCAUGAUAGUAUCCUCUCAGCUAACUACACUGUGGGAAAAAUAUCUGAUACACUGCCCGAGCAUUACCUAGUGUUGGGGGAGUUUUUUAUGGUGCAGGAUGUGAAUAGUAGAGCAGAUGUCUUAAACACUACAGGAAGCUACGGGGCCCCUAACUUCCGGAAAGCUAAGGAAAACUACCCUCUGUUUGGAAUGGGCCAGGCCAGCCUGAACGGCUUCAAACAGGUCCUCCAGAGGCUAGAGAAUGAAGCUUAUGAGGAACUGAUAUUCAUCUGUGUGCGGGAAGAGCCUGUUGUUUUCCUGCGUCUGGAUAAAGACUUUAUUCCAUACACUCCCAGAAGGAAAGAGAACCUCCAUGAGAACCUACAUGACCUGAGAAGGGUGGCCAGAGCAGAGCAGCUGGAGCUCACCAUCAGAAAAGAGCUGUGUGACUUUGCUAAACUCUGUGAGAACAUCUUCUAUGUUUAUAAUGACAUUGAAAACUUUAAAGAUGAGCCGCAACAUGUUAGGAUUGUGUCUGAGGAGGACAUACAUGUAACUGAGGAGGUUUACAAAAGACCACAGUUUAAUUGGUCUUCUUACAGAUAUUACAGACUCCUGCUUCCUAUGGAGGGGGCACCAGAGGAGGAGGAUUUUGAUGCAUUUGUAAAUGUGCUUAGGAAAAGCCCUAGCUUGUCAGUAUUGCGUGAUCGCUCCAGGCCUCUGCCUGCACUGCUGUUUAGCUGCCAGGUGGGGGUGGGACGAACCAACCUCGGCCUUAUCCUCGGUGCACUAGUCUUUCACCAUCUACAUGGGGUGCAGUACAACACCAGGGAAGAGGACACACUGGUCAAGCAACAGCCAGAGUUUCAAGUCAUUCAGAAUCUGAUCAGUCGUCUCCCUAAAGGUCAACAAGUGCUUGAUGAGGUCAAUAACUCUAUUGAAAUGUGUUCAGAAAUGCAUAACAUCAAAGAUGCAAUAUAUGAAAAUAAAAGAAAAAUGGAAGCAAUUUGUGAGGAUUAUCAGAUACAAGGUAGCAGUACAAAGGCCUAUUUCUUGCAAAGAACCCUUCAGAGUCUUGAGUCUUACUUCUACUUAAUAGUGUUCAAUGCUUAUCUUCACGAUCAGUAUCCUCAGAUGUUUGGCCAGAGUUUCAGUCAGUGGCUGUGUGUGAAUGCAUGGAUCUACAGGCUGCUUGGCAGUAUGAACCGUUCUGAGCUCUUAGCACCAGCCAGCCUUGUCACUGAUGGAACCAGGAUACUGGUGGCCAGUGAGUUUUUGGUACCAGACGUACUUGGUACAGCCAAGGAAAUGAGGGUGGCCAACUUCAGACGAGUUCUUAAGACAACUGUGUAUGGCAUGGCCCAGCCAAGCUCUGAGGCUGUUUCUAUUGUGUUAUCUUACCUCACGGAUGAGCGACGGAGGCAUUCCAGCAUAGUAUGGGUGAAUCUGCAAGAGGAACUGAUUCUGGAAGGUAAUGGGCAGAUGUUCACCUCUCGAGAACCAGGCUGUCUGGAGCAACCAAUCCAAGUGUAUGUGCAGAACCCACAACAACAUGAGACACUGGAGCUGGCACUAAAGGAGGAUAUUCUCAGGUGUGAGAAGUGGCUUGAGGUAGUUCUUGAACAAGAGAAGCAGAUGAGAAUGCUGAAAAGCUGUCAUACUGUCCAGGAAGUCUUUGCCAAGCAAAAGAGCAUUUACCCAGGCCUCACAUAUCAGCGUCUCCCUAUUACUGACUGUUGUGCUCCAAAGGAGGAGUUUUUUGACCAGCUAUUAGAGGCCAUGAAGUGCAGUCUUGGAGAGGACCCCAGCUCAGCUUUUAUCUUCAACUGCAGUGAUGGGAAAGAUCGAACUACAACUGCCAUGGUCAUCGCCACACUUACUCUCUGGCACUUCAAUGGCUUUCCUGACUGUGUGGAUGACGAAAUUGUAAGUGUGCCAGACGCAAAGUACACAAAAGGAGAGUUUGAGGUGGUGAUGCAGGUGGUCAGACUGCUCCCUGAUGGUCACCGUAUGAAAAGAGAAGUGGACAUGGCCCUAGACAUCGUCAGCGAGACAAUGACUCCCAUGCAUUACCACUUACGGGAGAUCAUUAUAUGCUCGUAUAAACAGAUCAAAACAGCAAAAUCAGAUGCUGAAUUGCAGCAGUUACGUCUGAGAAGCCUGCAGUACUUGGAGCGCUAUAUUUACUUCAUCCUAUUCAACAGUUACCUCCACCUGGAGAAGAAAGACUCCUGGAGACGACCGUUCAGCCUGUGGAUGCACCAGGUGGCAGCACGAGCCGGCAUCUACGAUUUCCUCAACCAGCUGGGCUUCCCUGAGUUUGAGGCACCCAAUAGUUGUCCACUGGCCAGACUACGCUACCGCUGGAGACAGUAUAAUGCUUACUCGCUGCCCAUCCGUGGAGAGCUCAUCUAACAGAAUGCUAGCUUUUCACAGAGGAUUCAGAUUGGGGUGUUUUAUGAUUCGGGACACUAUUUUAGGUUUGAUGAGCAGUGGCUCAGUCAAUUUUGGGCUACUGAUUAGAACGUUAAGAGGGCAAAUGCCAGCACCACCAAGAUACCGCUUGAGUAAGGCCCUUAACCCCCUAACUGCUCAGCUCAAGUGUAAGGAUGAAAGUGCUUGUGAAAUUAAUAAGUGGAAAUGAUGAUUCACAUCUCUAAAUAUAUGAAACUGAAUUAAACUUCAGAGGUUGUGCAAAUUCAGCUGUGGUGUCAAAUUUCACGCAAAGGUUUUACCCCCUUUUCUAAACUAAGCCAACACAGGCAUUGAUGCACAACAUGGCAAACGUGGAGGUGGAUAGGUACAACAGCAGAUGAUCACAUCGAGUUCCAUUCCUGUCAAGAACCGAAAUCCUAAGCUACAGUGGGCACAGGCUCACCAAAAAAGUAAAUAAAAUGUGAUGUUUUUCCAAUCUUCAACUAUCCAUUUUUCACACCCUUAUGUGUAAACUCUAAAGACAUUUGUGCAUGAAAAUUCCAGGAGAUCAGCAGUUUCUGAAAUACUCAAUCCAGCCUGUCUGGCACCAACAUCUAUGCCAUGGUCAAAGUCACUGAGAUCACACUUUUUCCCUUUCUGAUGUUUGACGUGAACGUUAACUGAAGCUCUUCACCUGCAUCUGCAUGACUUAAUUAAUUGCACUGUAGCCACAUGACUGGAUUUGUAUAAUUACAUGAAUGAGCAAAUGUACAGGUGUUCCUCUUAA